AUGUCGAGACAGCAGAAGCAGAAUUGUCCAAGGGCAACUCGCCUUUCCACAAGUAGNUUGGGCCAAGGUGUAGUGUCUUUCUUGCGAGCAGCCCUCGGCUUCGAGCAGGAUAUCAUGCGAGAGGCUUCCGACCGUCUAGCACAAGCCGAGUCUGCCGCUUACGACCAUCAACGCCAUGCCGACAAGAAUGCAUAUCAAUCCAAAAUCUAUCCGUCUGGAAGCGAAUAUGCACUUGUUUUGGCCGAAGCUCAACUCAUGAGUGCCGUCGUUGCCGUCUUGAACGAGAGUCUGUCUGAGAGCAUCAAGGGCUUCUACAAGAUGAGGAAAGCUUAUGUGGCUUUGCAAGAGAUAGCAGAUGCUGAAAAGAGAUAUAUGAAAGGGAGAAGCUCUGCUUCCGUUGCCAGUAUAAGCACCAGGUCGACCAUCAACUCGGCUCCUUCAAUCGCCUCGGAAGCUCCUUCAAUCUCAGGCCAGACUCUAGUCGCUGCAGACGAGGAUGACGACGACGAUUUUGUGGACGCCGAUGAGAGUAUUGCUGCACCUGCCACCCCCACAACCUACCAAGGCCAUCUCGAGUCUAAGGAGCUCGAAUCCAAGCUCGAGAACCUGUCUAUUCGUCUUGGCUCAUCCUCCACACAGACCCAGGUAGCACCCGUCGUAGAAGAAGACGAUUUUGGUGAUUUCAGCAAUCAUCCUGUCGACCUCUUUAUCCAUUCAGGCUCCAAUCUGUGUUUUGGUCUAUUGCAAUUGAUGCUCUCUCUGAUCCCGCCAGCCUUUUCGAAACUCCUUUAUAUCAUCGGUUUUAAGGGUGAUCGCGAGCUCGGCAUCCAGAUGUUAUGGCGAGCUACCCAAUACUCAAACAUCAACGGCGCCAUGGCGGGACUGACAACACUAGGAUACUACAAUCUCACCGUUGGAUUCUGCGACAUUGUUACCUCGGACGCUUAUCCCAAAGAACGUUUGACGACUCUGCUGGUUCAGAUGCGCAAACGUUAUCCUCAAUCUCGCCUUUGGAGGCUUGAAGAAGCAAGAAUGCUGGCUGCCAACAAACAGCUGGAAGAUGCUGUUACUAUGUGCGGCACUCAUGAAAAGAGUCCGCUCAAGCAGGUCGAGGCAUUGCAGUGGUUCGAGAAGAGUUUGAACUGCAUGUACUUGCACAGAUAUGAAGAAUGUGCUACUUCGUUCUUGACGUGUGUCGAACUCAACAACUGGUCUCAUGGUUUGUACUACUAUAUUGCUGGUGCUUGCUACGUCGAACUGUAUCGUGAAGCCAAGUCAGUCGAUGCAGGCCGAGCACAGAAGUAUGCCGCUCGCGCGACAGAACUUUUACGCAAAGUGCCCGUCCACGCAGGCAAGAAGCGCUUCAUGGCACGUCAACUGCCCUUUGACGCUUUCGUGACUCGCAAGAUUACCAAGUGGGAAGAACGAUCCAAGGCUCGCGGUAUCUCUUUCGUCGAUGCUGUGGGCAUCGCCCCUGUCGAAGAAAUCAUCUACUUCUGGGCCGGUUUCAAGAGAAUGAGAAAAGAGCACCUCGUCCACAGUCUCGAGCGUCUAGCCUGGAGCGAGCAAAACGGUUGCCAUGACAAUGCAGUCGACGAGCUAGCCACACUAUCACUUCUGCGAGCUACAGUAACCCGAUGGCUCGGCGAUACAAAGACGGCCCGCCAAAUUCUGGAGACGCAAGUCCUGAAACACGAGUGGAGCGAGUUCAAGGGCGGAAGCAAAGACAACUGGUCGCUACCAGUAGCGCAUUACGAAAUGUCCGUCAUUGAGUGGAUAGACGCUGGCGGUGAGAGAGGCAGCAGACAACAACUGGAAAGUUGCUCGAGAUGGGUGGAAAAAGCUGCGAAGUGGGAGGCUUAUGAUUUGGAUGCUAGGGUUGGUCUCAAAGUAACGACAGCAAGGGAGACACUGAAGAAAUGCGGCAUCACUCCUGCUGUUGCUUAA